AUGGUAUCCACCAGACCCUUUGAAUAUAUUGGAUCCAAUCCUUUUUUGGAUAUAAGCGAAAAAGAAAAACAAGAACUUAUAAUUUAUCAUUAUUUGGAUUGGCUGAAAGCUUGUCAAAAUAUCUCCAAUGAAAUCGAUUUGGCUGAAAAGGUGUAUUCUAUGAUGAAAGAAAUAAGGAUGGAAAUUCAUUUGGAUAAGAUACAAAACUUGUUGGAAAACGAGAAAAAUGCCAUUUGGGAGGGAAAAGGUCAAGAUGUUUUACAAUUGGAAGUAGGCGGAUCAGAUAAAACUGAUAUUCAAAAUGUGUUGCGACCAUAUCAAACUCCAGAAAAUUUUUUGUCUUAUCGCCGAAGGAUCAUCAAUUCUCAAAUCAACAUCGAAACCAAUCGGCUUGAAAAUUCGUCGUAGUAUACGAUUUGAGGAAUGUGUUGGUAAUGAAGAAGAAGGAGAAAAUGAUGGAGAAUUUGAUGAGAAUGUUCCAGAUAAGAAAUUCACAGCAAUAAGUAUCGAAGAGACAAAUGAUGACCAGAAUAAUGACACAAUUAUUGCUCGACAAAAAAUUCUUGAAUACCUACCCAAGGCUAUCACUUCGAUCGAUGAUCUUUCAAAAAAUUUGCCAACAAACGACACACCAAAAUCAACCGCGGAUUGGAUAAAAUUGUUUCGCGAAUAUGAUGUUAGAGUGCUAUUCAAUGCGGAGCCGUAUAGAAAAAACGAUAGCUCGAUUGAUGUCUCACAAAGUUCGGAAACUGAAAUCCAAGAAGCUGAAGCGAUUGAAGAGGUAAUUUCUAGACUUUCGAAAAAUCUGAAGAAAAAAGGAAUUUUAUUUUGUGAAACUUCUAUAAAAAAUCUUGGAUUUGAAGAAUUUAUGAGCUUAUAAUCAUUUGAAAUAUCCUUUUUUGUCUAAAAACUGUAAUUUUCAGCAUCUUCCGACAUCGAAUUUAAUUCAAGGAUCAUCAAGAAGUUUUGAAGAAGUUGAAGCGAUUGAGGUAAUUUAUGGACUUUCGAAAAAAUGCUAACCAGUUCAAUAAAAACAUUUGGUAUCUACAAAAAAUUUAUUUUUCAAAUAUCAUAAAUUUCACUUCUCCCAAAAUGUCUUCCCCUGGAACUUCAACGAGCUCAACUCGACAUUCGGUUUUUUUGCCGCAUUAAAAAAAUCAUUCAAGAUGCAUCUGAAUUUGAUACCAUCCACGAGAAAAUCAACAACAAGCUCGGUUGAUUGGUGAAUGUUGAAAAUUAAUCCAAUUCAAUUUUUUAUAUAAUUCAAAUUUUCUGUAGAAGUUUUGCUUUUUCCAAAACUUAACUUUUUGAAAAACCCUUUUUUUAUCCAUUUUUUCAGCCACACUUUCAAAUGUUUUUCUUAUAAUUAGAACCUUUUUUCUUGUUCUAAAAAUACAUUUGUUCUACGUACAUAAUAAAAAACAUGUGAGUAACUCAGUUCUGAAUACUUCUUUCCCAAACGGUCUGGGCUAGACCGAAAUCCCAAAUCGUCUGUCCACUUCAGACACCGCCUGCGUGCUUUUUUGCUUUGCAUCAUGCUAUCCUUUCCCUUCCUCAUCUCUGUCUCUCUUUCAAUUCCACACACUCUAAUCUUCGCUGCGUCUAUUUACGUAUUUAUACAAAAAAAAAAACUAAUACUUAAGGUCCAGCAAAGAGGCAUCACUGAUGAGACCUACCUCUUCGCCGUCUGAUGUUCAGGUCGAAACGGCUUUACCGCGAUUCUAAUUUCAUUUAUUUUUCUUCUUUUUCUUAUUUAUAUUAUCGUUUACUAUUUUUUUUUCUAUUUUUUGCUUAUUUUUUCCUUUUCAUAAUUUCCGAAAGAUAAUUUGGAAUCCACAAUCACACUAUACCAAAACUCAUUUAUGGCUGAUUAUUAACCAUAUUUCAGCUAACUUUAUACAAAAUAAUCAUGUUUCGUUUGUAUAGAAAUUGUCGAAUUAUAUUGAGAAAUUAUCAAUUAACAACAUCAUUCAAUCAAUUCAAGAUGGUAAGCCAAUUUUUUCAUAUUUAAAAAUGCUUUUUCAGAAUCUCUUGAUCUAAUUUCAGAUGUCCGAUUUGAAACCUGCCUAUACAGUUGAAUCGUUGAAUGAGAAAGUUACUAGAUAUUUGUAUUUUCAAAAAAGUGGUAAACUCACUGUCAGAAUAUAUUUGCAUACAGGGUAAAUAUUAUCUCCAUUCUUAGAUAACUACCCACUUUUUUGAAACUACCGUGCCCAUUUAUUCACUUUUGGAAUUCCGUUAUUGUUUAUUUAGAUUUCGCUAUUGGGGAUGCCAAGAUUAUAAUACUGAUAUAGAAGUGGAAGAAGUGAGACAAGGUGUUCCUCACAUUCAUCGGUAAGUUCUAUGAUGAAAAGAUAUUAAUUUUAUUUAUUAAUUUUCAGGUUUUUAAAAAUUGUCUCUGAAGAACUGCCCGUUGAUCGAGAAAUGGCGGAAUAUCUUAAGAAAAAUCUCGAUGAACUGCUCAGCCAAGGGCAGUUCCGUGUAACUUAG